AUGUAUCGUCUCCCAUCCCGUCUCCCCCUCCACCGCCCAUCAUUCAACAAUCUUUUCUCUUUUCACCGCAACGCAACCGCUUCGCCUCUUCGCUCCUCUUCGCCUCUUGUUGACAGUCAACAACAAACCAAAAACGAUUCGAUGCCACCAGUACCGGAGAAUUUACUGAAACCGAUGGAGAUCCCAGCAAGGGAACUUUUCGGUCCAGGUCCUUCGAAUAUGACACUUCCAAUUCAAGAUUCGGCUUCGAGAAGUCUCUUGGGACACUUGCAUCCAGAGUUUAUUAAGAUUAUGUCCGACGCUCGUGAAGGUCUUCAAUAUGUGUUCAAGACUCAAAGCGCGUAUACAUUUGCUGUUUCAGGAACAGGUCAUGCUGGUAUGGAAGCGGCUGUUUUAAACCUUUUGGAAAGAGGUGAGAAAAUUCUGGCGUUAAAAACCGGAAUCUGGGGACAACGGUGUGCGAAUUUGGCAAAACGGCUUGAUUUGCAGGUCCAAACGGUCGAGGCUGUUGAGGGAAACGCCGUUCCAUUUGAUGAGGUUAAAAAGGCAAUUGAAUCCUUCAAGCCACAAGUGCUCUUCGUGUGUCAGGGUGAGAGCUCGACAGGUGUUUGUCAACCAAUCGAUGGACUUGGAGAGUUGUGUCAUCAAAAUAACUGUCUUCUCCUGGUGGAUACUGUAGCUUCUCUAGGCGGGACUGAGUUCGACAUGGACGCUUGGGGAGUCGAUUGUGUCUAUUCAGCCACACAAAAGGUGUUGAAUGCUCCGCCCGGCUUGGCGCCGAUCUCAUUCUCGCAGAGGGCAAUGGACAAGAUUAAAACUCGAAAAACGCCGGUUGCUUCGUGGUACUUCGACGCGCUGGAGUUGGGUAACUAUUGGGGAGCUGACGAAGGGCCGAAAAGAUAUCAUCACACUGCUCCAAUCUCGACCGUUUACACUCUGCGCACAGCGUUGGCUGAGAUUGCAAAGGAAGGAAUCGAUGCUGUAAUUGCUCGUCACCGCAAAAAUUCGGAGAUUGUUUAUGGUGAAUUGGAGGCGAUCAAUUUAAAGCCAUUUGUAGAGAAAAAGGAAUGGAGAUUACCGUGUUUGACGACAAUUUCCGUGCCUGAUGGAGUCGAUGCGGCUGAGGUGCAGAAAGAGAUGAUGGCACAAGGGAUUGAGAUAGCUGGCGGACUGGGGCCAACAGCUGGACGAAUCUGGCGAAUCGGUACAUUUGGAGCGAAUUCAAACGAGGAAAAGAUUCGCCAUGUGAUCAAGAAACUUGGCGAGAUUGUUCAGACGAAGAGGAGUCGUUUG